AUGGGAUUUUAUAUUUACAAUUUCAAAAGAGUCUGGACAAAAGGACCUUUUCUCUGGAUGGAUAUAAUAUUAACGACAUUUUGGCUAACAGCUGCAUUGGCAAAUCUUAAUCCAGUAUUUAAAAAUAGUAACAUUUUGCAAUGUGGAGCUUACGAUUCAUACAAUUUCCAUUUGAUGUGCCAAUCUUGGAUAUCAAGUAUACCUGCAAUCUCUUCAAAACAGAAAAAAUUGACAUCUAACAGACAAUCAGUAUUGUUGAAACAAACUUUAGAUAAUCCGAAUAAACCUCAACCUGUGAUGUUAGAAACUGGUUUCAAACCUCUAAUGCUGCCUAUCAUGGUUGAUAAUGAAAGCCAGUCUAAUGAAAUCGGCAGUGGUGGACAUAGUGAUAGAUCAUCAAAAAGAAACAGUAUGUUUGAUAAUGGUGGUUCGAAAAGAUAUAGUUUACUAAAUAUUGCCAAGAAAAGAUUGAGUGGAUAG